AUGAAUACAAGCUGGAAACGUCUCAACGUUGGAGUGGUGGGCGGAGGCAUCGGCGGUAUGUCAGUGGCGAUCGCCCUCCGGCGCGCUGGUCAUGAGGUAAUCAUCUAUGAACGCUCUGAUUUCGCCGGCGAAGUUGGUGCGUCCGUUUCCUGUGCUGCGAAUGGCACUAGGUGGCUGCAUGAAUGGGGGGUGGAUAUUGCCAAGGGUGAUCCAGUCGUCUUGAAGAAACUCAUUAAUCGGGACUGGAAGACUGGUGAGCCGGUUAGUGUGUAUAGUCUGGAUGACUAUGAGAAGCGUUGGGGAUAUGUGUACAACAUGUUUCACCGGCAAUAUAUGCACUCCAUGUUGAAGGAUUCCGCUCUAGAAGAAGAGGGGGAAGGAAUCCCGGCCAAGUUAUUGGUGAACCACAAGUGUCGCGAUAUCGAUCUCAAGUCGAACAAAAUCACCUUUGAAAAUGGCAAGAUAGUGCAUCACGAUCUGAUUAUCGGCGCCGACGGCAUCGGCUCCGCCGUUCGCGGAAUUUUGGGGAUUCGUCCUGAGAAGCGUCCAUCAGACUCUAGCUGCCUCCACGCAAAUGUCGACGCGGAUGAGGCCGCAAAACUCGGACUUGUCAAUUAUUCUCAAGACAGUGCUCUCGAAUACUGGGGCGGACAAGAAGGCAAAUGGGAUAAGAUUGUCCUAUCACCCUGCAAUGGCGGCAAACUCCUUUCAUACUACUGUUUCUUCCCCCGCGACCAGGGCGACUUUACAACACAAGCCUGGGGCGCUGAGUCCCUUCCAGUCGAGGAUCUUCUCAAGCCAUAUCCUCAACUUGAUCGUCAGGUUCUUGAGCAUCUUGCCAUUGGCAAGGAAAUUCAACCAUGGCGAUUGUGGGUGCAUGAUCCGUACCCAUAUAUCCACCAGGGCAAUGUAUGUCUCCUGGGCGAUGCGGGACAUCCCAUGAUGCCACAUCAGAGCCAAGGGGCGUGUAUGGCUAUUGAGGAUGCGGCGGCGUUGGGGAUUCUGUUCAACAAAAAGUAUUUCAAUGGAGAUGUUGCACAGGCCCUUGCCGCGUACGAAGAGGUUCGUUUGCCUCGUGUUACACGGGUACAGUCUGCAGCUGCCAAGGCAGCGUAUAAUAUCAACGAAAGAAUUGGAUUCUCUGUGAACAAAGAUACCCCCACUUAUAAGGUCGAGGAUCCAAAGAAGGUCCUCACUAUUGAAGAGAUGAAUGCAUAUGAUAUGUACCGGGAUAUUGAGGAGAAACUUGCUGCUAAGCGCGGGGGCCUAUAUACAGAGAAAUUCAUCUGUGGAUUGCCCAUUGGGCUAGAAUUGCCCAGUGGAAUCAUAAUUGGGGCUCACUAA